UGACUAACCAAAGAUUUACCAAUAACGACUACCUACAGGCAUCAUCAUUAGUCAUUACAACACCAUAUCACUUCACUCCGCCAAACCCAAAACCCCCCAAAUGCUUCCAACACCAAACCCAUAAAAACGUAAACACUCCGAUCACCACCAUGUGGUCAACCACCACCACCACCACCACCGCACUCUUUCUCCUAUCCCUAAUCACCACCACCACCACAAUCACCACCGCAACACCAAUAAUCGGUUUAGACUCACACCUAACAACUCAAUCUCGAACGGAUCCCUCCGCCACAACAGACACUUUCCCUUCUCUCCCAACCACAAUAAAAAAAUCUCUCUCAACUCUCCCUUCUCUCUCCCUCUCUCUCCCUCCAAUCCCAAUCUCUCUCACAAUUCACCUCAUCGGAGAUUUCCCUUCCACCACUCCUUCUCACCUCUCUUCCUUUCUCUCUCCUCUCCCUUCCCCUUUCCAUCUCAUCACUCCUCUCUCUCCUUCUCUCUCUCAUUCUCUCUCUCUCCACCACACUCUCCACCUCCACGUCACCACUUCUCAUUCCUCAUCCCUCUCCCAAACCAUUUCCGAAACGUUAACAAAUCUCUUCCAAACCACACCUACUCCAAUCCGAACCUCACUCCUUGCCUUCCCUCAUUCCUCAAUCGACAAAAUCAUAAACCAACAUUUCAAUUCUAUUAACUCCGAACCUCACUCCAAUCCUCAAGGCUUUCAUCUUUACUUAAUUAAUCUCCCCAAACCUAAAACCGAUCCUAUCACAAAAACGGUUAAACCCUACGCUUAUACAUACUCUUCCACCGCAUCUGAUAAUUCCUCUCCAGGUUUCACUAACUGUCUUGGAACGUUCUGGACUUCGAAGAAUCGAUACUUUUGGAUCGAUUUAUCGGCUGGUGGUGUCGAUUAUGGUCCGGCGAUAUCUGGUGAUGGACUUAUUCCGAAAGGAGAGUUUCAUCCGUUUGCGACUCUGCAUGGACGGCCGAAAUCGAAUCGAGCAUUUGCAGCGGAUCUUGCUUCGAUUGUUUGGAGUGCUUAUCAGGUUUUUCUUGCUCCUAGUUUGAGAAUUCCUGUGUUUUUUGAGAAUAAGCUUGUUGUUCAAUUUAUUCAUGUUUAUUCUGGUGAGGAGAAAGAUAAGGAUAUGAAAGGAUUGGAUUGGAAAUUGAUUGAAGAAAAUUUUAGAGAUGAGAGUAAUGGUAAGAUUUUGUUAGGGGAUCAGAGCUUGGAAUUUAGGGUAUAUGAUGUGAAGUAUGAUGAGUGUCCGAUUUGUUCGUUUGCGGUUUCUAGGUCGAUUAGUUCGUAUACUUCGAGGUUUUUGUUUGAUAAUUAUACUUUGAUUGUGAGUGAGUAUUUGGAUUCUAAGAGGUUGCAUCAGAUUUUGUCUGAUUCAGCUGAUGAGAUGAGGAAAAUCGGUGGGAUACCGGAGGAGGAUUUUGGUAGGGUUGUUCCGGUGUAUGUUUUUGAUUUGGAUUAUGCUUCGUUGUUGAUGUUGGAUCGGUAUCAUCAGAGUGUUGCUUUUAAGGAUAUGGUGAUUGCGGUUAGGACGAGGAAUACGCAGACUGUCAGUGAUUAUAGCUGUAACGGACGUCACGUGUUUGUGCAUACGAGGGAACUUGAGAGGCCUAUUGUUGGAUCGGUUCUGCAGAGUAUGUGGGGGGUUUCGCCGACCCAUUUGUCUUGGAGUCCUUUGCAUAAUAGUACUUUGGUGGAUUAUACUUGGAGUAUGGGGCAGACUCCGUUUGGGCCGUUCUCGGCGUUGUCGUCGUUGUCUUUUGCGCAGAAGGAUGCUGCUAGGAGGAAUGUUCUGUUGACGUCGUUGAAUUAUAGUAUUUCGAGUGCUGUGGAUGUUCUGCAGUCCAUAGAGACACACGGUGGGGACAGGAAUUUGCUCAAGCCGAAGCAGCACGAUGAGUUUGUUCAGAGAUGGAAUCUUUUCAAGUACAAGCUCAACAAGGCGGUGUCUGCAUUGUCGCAUCUGGAUUAUGAGAUGGCUUUGUUUUACUUGAGGUCUUCUGAUCAUGAUCUUUAUGCCAUUCACUCCAUCGUGUAUCAUGCCUCUCAAGAAAUUGAGGCCUCACUCGUGUGCUUCAAGGAUCCUCCCUUUCCCUGGUUUUCGGUCUCAACUUCUGCUGGGGCCUUCAUUGCUCUCUCUUAUGUUUAUGCAAAACGACAUAAACUUUUCAGAAAUAAAAGGAAGGUUUUUUGAUGCUCUCACAACAGGACAGGCGUUUGUACGAUUUUAAGAAAGCACAACAUGUAUGAUUAUACAAGAGUGCAGAAUUCUUGAGUGGUCAAACUCAAUGUUUCAGCAUUUUCACGAUGAAAGGCUUGCAGGCUUUUGUACCUAAAUCUAGAUGUAAAGUAGUUGGAAGAUGUACUAGCCUACUAGGUUUAUGUGCCAAAGGUGAAAACAUGCAAACAGAUUCUUACUCGUGAAUUUCCAUUUUUCUAUGAAUAAUCUGUGUUGUAUUGUAUCUGUUGUAUACCCUGACCUUGAAAAUUACAAAAGCUGAUCUUCAUUUAAUC